UAAGAUACAAACGACAUGAAAAUAUUUAUUGUGCUUAGCGUUUUCGUAGCGGCAGCGUAUGCUGGCUAUGGUGGCGGCGGUGGUGGUGGUUCAGCCAGUGCAAGUGCCAGUUCUAGUGCUUCAGCUUCUGGUGGCGGUGGAUUUGGUGGAAGGCCUGGCUUUGGAGGUGGCGGUUUUGGUGGCGGCGGUCAUGGAGGUGGCAUUCCUCUCGGUGGUGGCGGCUAUGCUGGCGGCCUUGGAGGUCAUGGAGGUGGCCUUGGAGGUCAUGGAGGCGGCCUUGGAGGCGGCCUUGGAGGUGGCUUUGGAGGCGGCCCCGGCUUUGGAGGCGGCGGUCACAUAGGAGGAGGUGGCAUUGGAGGCGGUCACGGAGGUGGCUUUGGCGGUGGUCACUUAGGAGGAGGUGGCAUUGGCGGUGGUCACUUAGGAGGAGGUGGUUUCGGCGGCGGCGGCUUUGGUGGCCCAGGAGGCCUUGGAGGUCAUGGCGGUGGACUCCAUGGUGGUGGUGGUCACGGCGGUGGUGCUGCUUCAGCAAAUGCUGCUGCUAAUGCUGCUGUAGGAAGCUACGGACGCUAAGACAUUUCGGUUAGGCUGUGAUAAAUGUUAAUAAAGUUUUCUGUUAUAAAUAAUAUA